GAAAUAAGUGAAUCAUUUCAUCCUUUCAUUAUAUAUGCCCGAAGCUGCACUUUUGCACUCUGAACUGGUACCGCAGUAGGAAAAAAAACUAGACGUGGCAGGUUUUAUUGAUCAGUAUGAGGUGAACAGGAAAUACUCUGAAGUGUUUAUGAGGAUGAGUUACAAGUUAUGAGGAAGGCUGGGUCUGCAUGUGGUCAAGUCUGGAUUCUCGGGUCAGAAAAAAAACAAACGUUUUGGGGGGAAAACAUUAGUGGAUGACAGAGUUUAAAGCUUUUCAGUCAACACACUGGAGUUAUGGCGAAUAUCUCCUGUCGUUCUUCUAUAUUUGGAAUGUUUUUUUUUUGUUUUUACAUUUUUUGGGGUGUUUUAGUGUGAUGUUAAUUUGAUUGAGGUAUUAUACGAUGGAGAGACCGACAAAUUGAAUUUCCUUCAAAACUCCCACAUCUUUUCAGGACUUUCUCAUCCCUUCUUUCAUUUUUUUGUCUGUCUGAGGGUGGGUGGGGUCGGCCUAAGGAGGAGGAGGGGGGGGCACUUUACGAUUGAAUUGUGAAUCAACUGACAAGUCGGCUCCACAGAGCCCACCUCUAGUCGCUGACGUCACGCACUGGCCACGCCCAUAAGCAAAGACACGGAGGAGUGAGUGAGUGUGUAAAGAAAGAACAAGGAAAAGGAGAGUGUGUGUACAGCCGAAAAGGAGAGAUAUAAGUUGUCAGAGUUAGUUUUUUGGGGGGGGGAAAUCAAGGUAGAGAGUUUAACCGGAAAAAAGUGAAUAUUUUUUCGCUUGUUUUGAGUUUUUGGAGCUGUUAGUGUAAAGGAAAAAAAAGAGGAACGCGGCGGGCUUUUAUCUAAAUAUUUAUUUUUGUAUUUUUGAGCUACGUUGAUCUGAUGGUCAUGACGGCAGCGGUCGAUAUGAAACCGACGAUAACAAUCAUAAAGGCUGAGAAGAUGGACGGUGAGUACUACUGUAAUGGCUUGACAGAUAGCAGGAGGCGAGCAUCACCCGCGUUCACGUCGUUGUUGACACAGUCACGCCGUCAAUUGUCGGCAAUUAACUGUGCGGUGAAGGACAUGACGUCCUGAUCACGUCUGUGUGCCAGUAAGGUGAUGGUUGCUCAAUAUCGGACAACACGCACGGAAAAAAGAAUGCUGAAUAUGCCGGAGGCUUUCCAGCUCAUAGUAAUGAUGAUGUAUCCAGAGUGCGGUGACGUUCCCUUGCUGACUCCAGGAAGUAAAGAGAUGAUGUCUCAGGCUCUGAAGGCCACAUUCAGCGGCUUCACAAAGGAACAACAGCAACUGGGUAUUCCCAAAGAUCCCAGACAGUGGACAGAAAACCACGUGGCUGCGUGGCUAGCAUGGACAGUGAAUGAGUUCAGCCUGAAGAAUGUGGACUUUGAGAAAUUUGUCAUGAAUGGAGCCAGCCUGUGUGCAAUGGGGAAGGAGCGCUUCUUGGACUUAGCUCCUGACUUUGUGGGCGACAUCCUUUGGGAACAUUUAGAAAUGCUUCAAAAAGAGGAUACAAAGCAUUACCCCAUCAAUGGACUGACCUCCAACUUCCAGGAAUCCCGUUAUACCUCAGACUGUUUUUUCAGCUAUGGUGUUGAGCAUGCUCAGUGUGUCCCUCCUUCUGAAUACUCAGAGCCCGGCUUCAUCACAGAGUCCUACCAGACCCUGCAUCCCAUCAGCUCAGAGGAGCUGCUCACCCUCAAGUAUGAAAGCGAAUACCCCGCUGUCAUCCUGCGCGACACGGCCCUGAACUCCAUGCCCGGGGACUACUUCUCUGUCAAGCAGGAGAUGAUCUCCCCUGACAACAUGUCUGUGGGACGCCUCAGCAGAGGUAAGCUCGGAGGUCAAGACUCCUUUGAGAGCAUCGAUAGCUUCGAAAGCUGCGACCGACUGACCCAGUCGUGGAGCAGCCAGUCCUCAUUCAACAGCCUUCAGCGGGUACCGUCCUACGACAGCUUCGACUCGGAAGACUACUCCACCGCUCUGCAUGGCCACAAACCCAAGGGCACCUUCAAAGACUACGUGAGGGAGCGCUCAGACCUGAGCAAGGAUAAACCCGUCAUCCCAGCAGCAGCACUGGCAGGAUACACAGGUAGCGGCCCCAUCCAGCUGUGGCAGUUUCUUCUGGAGCUCCUGACCGACAAGUCCUGCCAGUCUUUCAUCAGCUGGACAGGCGACGGCUGGGAGUUCAAGCUCUCUGAUCCAGAUGAGGUUGCCCGGAGGUGGGGGAAGAGAAAAAACAAGCCCAAGAUGAAUUAUGAGAAACUGAGCCGUGGUCUGCGUUACUACUACGACAAGAACAUCAUCCACAAGACGUCCGGGAAGCGCUACGUCUACCGCUUUGUCUGUGACUUGAAAAGCUUGUUGGGCUACACCCCCGAGGAGCUGCACGCCAUGUUGGACGUAAAGCCUGACACGGACGAGUGAAAGCAGACAUGGGAGGAAGCAAAAGAAUGAAAGAAGUGAGGACAACAGUUUAGGAGCCACAUGGACUGAGGCUUUUAAAAAUAGUCUUAACUGUUUGAUUUAAAGCAUUUUGGGAGGGGGGACCCAAAUGUUUUUUAAUGACCAACUGUGGUCUUUUCAGCUUUGAGCUCCUGUUUCUCAGACCAUAUUUUAAAGGAAGGCAGGAGCCAAACAAAAAGCCUGUAUUCGUUCCCAGGUGUGAGCGAAUGUGUCCUUUUUUUUUUUUUAUUUUUAUAUAUGAAUAUAUACAUCCUGGUAUUAUUUAGUAGAUGAAGCUUUAUCCGGUAGACUGCUGGUUUUCUUCUGUUUUGGUUCUAAAAGUGGGGGAGCAGCGAGGAACAACCACAAGAUGAGGGGAGGAGCUGACUCGAAUGAUGCUGAGGUAAACGGAACGAGAGCGAAAACUUCCCUUUCGCACCCAAAAAGUCAAGUCGGAAGCGAGGAAGGCGUUGUACCGUAUUCAAAGACACGAUUUCUGUCAGGAAAGGAGAAAAAAAUUGAUAUAUCAAAAUGUUGUUUAUAAUUUGAUGUUGUGCCAGUAUUAAACUGCUAGAAAGGACCAAGGUAAACCAGCCGGGCCAAUUAAAUUAUUGAGAGAUUUUUCUUUUUUUUUAUUUGCCUGUGAAGAUUCAAGUUUCUUAUCUCAAGGACCAUUAACUGAAAUGUGCUGAUGUAUUAUCAGACAACACUAUAAACACUGGCCCUGAGCUUUGUGCCGUGUAAAGCCUUGGUGGAGGUGACUCAUUUCCAUAGUGUCAGAGAGACGACUGAAAGUAACCGUUGCUUUAGAAACUCUCAGCUUUAUGUAUAUGUUUGCCAUUUUUGUCAAAAGACACCUUGUGACUGAAACUUUUUUGAAGCAUUUUUUUGCAUUUACCACCAGUAUUAGCAAAAUGUAGACAAUCUAUGUGGGGGAAUUCAGGAAGAACUGUUUGAUGUGCGGAUUAAAGGAAUAACUUCUCGGGUCAUUGUUCAUGUUAGGGUUGCGUUGGAUGUGUCCCUGUAGUCUGUUCUGCAAAAAAA